GCUGCUGGGAGCUGGAGUGGAGGCUUCCUGUUCUCGCGUCCCAGUUCAUUUCGCCCUGGUGUCUUCAGAGUGUCUUUGGCAGAACUAAAAACUUGCUGAGCCGGACUUCCUUUUCCUUAGGCCUAUUCUGCCUGCGACACACCAUCUCCUUGUCGUUUCUCCCGGAGUCGCACGUAUUGAUUAGCCAAAUACUUGCAGACACGGGGUGCACGCAUGGGUUUUGUCAGACAAGAUGAGCAUUGUCCUGUCCUCGCGUACUUUUGUUUGCGUGGUCGGUUAGCGAAGACAUGACUUCAUUUAGAAAGACUAGUGUAUUGAGCAGCGGACAAGCGUCGCACAAACCAGUUCCCGCCUUGAUAGCUGAUAGUCUAGACUAGAAUAACAAGUGUUAACGAAUGCGGGAAAUGUAGAGAAAGGGUUGAUGGUUCUGGAGGGUGUAUAAUAACGAUAUUUGGCUUAAUAUAAGGACUUAAGGCUUUCCUGAGAAAGUGAGGAUUUAACUCUGGCAAAUAUUAUUGUAUUUAACUCAGAGAAGACAUUGAAACGUUUAAAAACUCCUUAGUGUGAUCUAGUUUUCCUUAUGGAAAGUGAUCCUGCUUAAAAGUUGGGAAACAAAUAAGAGCCAAAGUAGAAGGCAACAAGCAUUAGGUAAAGUAAUGGCAGAGCGAAAGUUCAGGAAUGGAUAGUCUGUUAAGCAGGUGGACUCACAGGGCUUGGUGAUGUUUUGAUUGUGAGAAACCUCCACUGUAAGGUCAUAGAUUUCUGUCUUCAGUCAUUGGGAUCAGAAAAUGCUGAAAAGGGGUCCAGAUCAGAUACUGAAUAUGGAUUGUAACUGUCAGGGAUUGAUAAUCAACAGGGAACAGAAAGAUGUUAGAGGCUCUCAGAGGAUAAAUUAGACUGCAUGAUAGUUAGGACAAAAUUUGUUCUGAAAUGGUAUAUGGAUUUCUGAGAUUUUGAGAAAGUGGCUUUCUCAGCCCACCAGGAAGCUACAGAGACUCGGCCUUGAUGGAUAGGAAAAGCUUUGAGGUUGAGCACAGUGGGGCUCUUAGGAAAGAGAACUUCCCUCGAGCCUAGCAGAGGCAGAGUGAUCUGUCUGCAGUUUGGGAGAGUUCAGUUAGGAAAACUUAGAGAAAGUACUGGGAAGACAGGCCAGGACCGGAGGAAAACUCUUUCUACAGGAAACGAGGCACUGUGUGAUGUUUUUAGGAAGGAACAUUAAACGGAAGCAGAGAAAGCACUAUGGGGUCCAUAAAGUCUACCCUGCCUCCCAAACCACGACAAAACAAUAGAAUCUAUAGUAUCUUGAGUUAAAAGAUGUUAAAAAACUUGGCUUGUGGAGAUGUUGAAGGAAAGUUUGAUGUUUUAUUCAAUAGAGUUCGGACAAUUCAGAAGAAAAGUGGAAACUUUGAUCUGCUGUUGUGUGUAGGAAACUUUUUUGGCUCUGCCCAGGAUGCUGAGUGGGAGGAGUAUAAGACUGGCAACAAGAAAGCUCCUAUUCAGACAUAUGUGCUUGGUGCCAAUAACCAGGAGACAGCAAACUAUUUCCAGGAUGCUGAUGGCUGUGAAUUGGCCGAAAACAUCACUUACCUGGGUCGGAAAGGCAUCUUCACUGGAAGCUCGGGGCUGCAGAUUGUAUACCUCAGUGGGACAGAGUCCUUAGAUGAACCAGUCCCAGCCUACAGCUUUAGUCCCAAGGAUGUGUCUUCUCUGAGAACAAUGCUGUGCUCGGCUUCCCAGUUUAAAGGUGUUGAUAUCUUACUCACGUCCCCGUGGCCCAAGUACGUGGGGAGCUUUGGGAAUUCCUCUGGAGAAGUGGACACCAAAAACUGCGGCUCUGCUUUGAUCUCCAGCCUUGCCAUGAGCUUGAAACCGAGGUAUCAUUUUGCUGCUUUGGAAAAGUCGUAUUAUGAGAGGCUUCCGUACCGAAACCAUGUUGUUCUACAAGAAAGCGCGCAGCAUGCCACUCGCUUCAUAGCGCUGGCAAAUGUUGGAAAUCCAGAAAAGAAGAAGUAUCUUUAUGCCUUCAGUAUUGUUCCCAUGAAGCUGAUGGCUGUAGCCGAACUGGUAAAGCAGCCUCCAGAUGUCACCGAGAACCCUUACCGAGACUCUGGGAAGCAGGCAGCCGGAGGGAAACAAAUUCCUGCCCCUCAGGAAGAGUCAGCCUGUCAGUUCUUCUUCGAUUUGAGUGAGAAGCAGGGAAGGAAGCGGCCGUCCACAGGCAGGGAUAACAAGCCUCCCCAUGCUAAGCAGCCUCGCAAGCCUCCUCAGCCUCCAGGCCCUUGUUGGUUUUGCCUCGCCAGCCCUGAAGUGGAAAAGCACCUGGUGGUCAACAUUGGCACACACUGCUACCUUGCCCUGGCCAAAGGAGGCCUAUCUGAUGACCAUGUCCUCAUCCUGCCCAUUGGACACUACCAGUCAGUUGUGGAGCUCUCGGCAGAGGUGGUGGAAGAAGUGGAGAAAUAUAAGGCUACUCUGCAACGCUUCUUUAAGAGUCGGGGGAAGCGUUGUGUUCUAUUUGAAAGAAAUUAUAGGAGCCAUCACCUCCAGCUUCAGGUCAUUCCUGUGCCCCUCAGCUGCUGUGCUACAGAUGACAUUAAAGAUGCCUUCAUUACCCAGGCACAGGAGCAGCAGAUAGAGCUGCUGGAGAUUCCGGAACACUCAGACAUCAAACAGAUUGCACAGCCAGGAGCAGCAUAUUUUUAUGUUGAACUCGACACAGGAGAAAAGCUUUUCCACAGAAUUAAAAAGAAUUUUCCUUUGCAAUUUGGAAGGGAGGUCCUGGCCAGCGAAGCUAUUCUCAACAUUCCUGAGAAGGCUGACUGGAGGCAGUGUCAAACCAGUAAGGACGAGGAGGAGGCCCUGGCCCGCCGCUUCCGGAAAGACUUUGAACCCUUUGACUUCACUCUGGAUGACUAGCCAAAGGGAAGGGCACACCACAGGUCACCGAUUGGCACAGCAGAUUGUUCCAACCUGUUCUUAAAAUGAAAUUACCGUCUCUCAUGGGAGCUGCCUCCCUGACUCUUUUCAAUAUAUUCCCAUGGACCUGCCUGCAGCAGGAGGCCUCUGAUUGACUUUUUAAAAAGAAGUCAUUCUGAGAUGCAAUGAUACGUUAAAAGAACAUCUACUAUGUAUUUCUAAGAACAGCUCUGUUUCUCCUCAUCCUCACAAGCUUUUAAACCUUUCGGAUUGGGUAUGGUAGCUCAUGCCUCCUUUCUCAGAGACUGAGGGGUUAUGGCUGGAAGAUUGCUGUGAAUUCAAGGCUACUCUGGACUACAUAGUGAGUUUCAGGACAGUCUGGGCUAUGACGUGAGACCCAUCUCACCUCUCCAUCCUUGCCCUCAACCCCCCAAAAAUGCAAAAAUAAUGCCCCCCAAAUCUUGUAAAUAAUAAAAAAGGGAACACUUUUCUAAG